AUGAAUAAAAUAUCUGGUGAACAGGGUGACUUUUUAGCCGAAGCUCAAUUGGCACUAGAUGAUUUAGGUGAUGGUAUUGUUGCUGUAAAAACAUUAUCCAGUCGUCUCAAUAAUCCAGAAGAUAUUUCAAAAGCCUAUUUAAAUAUUAAAUCUAAUGCAGACGUGGAGUUUUGUAUUGAAUUAACACAAGAAGGUUAUCGAGUUGUCGGCUAUCAUUUUGAUGAUAAUAGUCAAUCAUCGACAAACUAUUAUGAGUCAUUACAAGCUCUCUUAACAAAUGAAUCAAAAUCAUAUGUGGAUAGUUUCGCUCGAAGUUUACAACAAAAGCUUUUUGCAGCGCAAACUAAAUUACAACAAAAUCAAGACAAAGAUGAUGAUGAAUAUAUUCAAUAA